UGUCAGCAGCUGCACAUGCUCUUCUUGCAGUAGAGUUGUAGAUACGUUUGCUCUUUUGGCGUUGCUGUACAGUAUAUAGUUACUCCUGUUUGUAAUUUUUUUUUUGGUUGUGCAGUUUUGACGACGUUAUACUUUCAAUAUUUUUCGAAGCUUAUUUUCAAGAUUACUUUGCUCUCAAAUGGGAAAAAGGAAUAGAAACCGACAGCAUGGUAGAAAUGGAAAUGCAGGCGCAAGAAGCCGAGAUGAUGCUGGAUGGGGGGCAGGAUAUGCAGAAAUUAUCAAGGAAAACAAGUUGUUUGAAACCUACUACCAAGAACUGAAACUUGUGCCAGAGGGUGAGUGGGAGCAGUUUAUGUCUGCAAUGAGGGAGCCUUUGCCAGCAACAAUCAGGAUAACGGGAUAUAAAAGCCAUGCAAAAGAGAUUCUACACUGCUUAAAAAACACAUACUUCAAAGAGAUCGAGGAGCUUGAGGUGGAUGGUCAGAAAAUAGAAGCUCCAGAGCCUUUAAGUUGGUACCCUGAUGAGUUAGCAUGGCACACCAACUUAAACAGAAAGAUUUUGCGAAAGUCACCCCUUCUAAAAAAGUUUCACCAGUUUCUAGUUAACGAGACUGAAUCUGGACAUAUCAGUCGUCAGGAAGCAGUUAGUAUGAUUCCGCCUUUGCUUUUAAAAAUUGAACCACACCAUAAGAUUCUUGAUAUGUGUGCAGCACCAGGUUCGAAGACGGCCCAGUUGAUUGAAAUGUUACAUUCAGAUAUGGAUAUCCCUUUUCCAGAGGGUUUUGUUAUCGCCAAUGAUGUGGACAAUAAGCGAUGCUACCUUCUAGUCCAUCAAUCAAAAAGGUUGAACAGCCCCUGCAUUAUGGUGGUAAAUCAUGAUGCCUCCAGUAUGCCAAGGCUACAAACAGAAAGCAAUGGCAAGAAAGAUAUUCUUUUUUAUGACAGAAUCCUGUGUGAUGUACCUUGCAGUGGAGAUGGAACAAUGCGAAAGAAUAUAGAUGUUUGGAGAAAAUGGACAACAAACAACAGUUUGAAUCUCCAUGGGCUGCAGCUGCGUAUAGCAAUUCGUGGAGUAGAACAGCUUGCAGAAGGUGGAAGGAUGGUCUAUUCUACUUGCUCUUUAAACCCAAUUGAGGAUGAGGCUGUUAUUGCCUCCCUUUUAGAGAAGAGUGAAGGUGCUUUAGAACUAGUAGAUGCAUCUAAUGAUUUGCCAGGGUUAAAGUGGAUGCCAGGCGUAACGUCUUGGAAACUAAUGACAAGGAAUGGCCAGUGGUUUUCAGAUUGGUCAGAAGUCCCUCAAGGCUUGCACACACAAAUUCGACCUACAAUGUUUCCACCCACAGAUCCAGAGAAGUUAAAAGAAAUGAAAUUGGAGAGAUGCAUGAGAAUAUUGCCUCAUCACCAAAACACUGGGGGUUUCUUUGUGGCAGUGCUGGUUAAAAAAGCACCCAUGCCAUGGAAUAAGCGACAGCCAAAGCUGAGAAAUAAAGACACAAAAUCAGCUGCUCCAGUGGAUACGACCCCAGCAGAGUCUGCUGAAGAUGUAAUGAAAGCUGCAGCGGAGGACAAACCAAACGACCUUGAGGAGCCCCAGGAGAGUGCUGUCAAGCAAGACGGAGUGUGUGGUCCACCACCAUCAAAGAAGAUGAAACUGUUUGGCUUCAAAGAAGAUCCGUUUGUGUUCUUGUCAGAGGAUGAUCCUGUAUUUGUACCAAUUCAGAAAUUUUACAGCUUGUCACCCAACUUUCCAAAGCUUAAUGUGUUGACAAGGACUCAUGAAGGGAAAAAAAGACGUCUUUAUGUGGUCUCCAAGGAGUUGAGAAAUGUAAUGCUCAAUAAUUGUGACCGCAUAAAGGUGAUAAAUACUGGUGUCAAAGUGUGGUCCCGAAAUGAUGAUGGAGAGCAAUUUGGAUGUCCGUUCAGGCUUGCACAGGAGGGUAUUUACACUCUGUUCCCAUAUAUAAAUGCUAGAAUAGUCAGUGUUUCGGUUAAUGACAUCAAGGUGUUAUUAACAGAAGAAAAGCCCCACAUAGAGAAACUGGGAGCAGAAGCACAGGCACAGGCAAAGAAAUUAGACAUGGGAAGUGUUGUUUUAAGAUACAAUCCUGAUCCACAGGACUCUCUUGCUCCACAGUGUUCCAUGGAAUUGUGCGGGUGGAGAGGAAAGACAUGUAUAUUUGCUUUUGUGCCAAAAAAUGAACGAUUUCACUACUUGGCAAUGCUAGGAGUUGAAAUGUAUAAAGAAGAAAAGAAAGAAGAGGAGUCAACAACUAAAAUCAUCGAAGAGGAAGGAGUAGACCAAUCUGAAAUAAAACUCGAGGAAACUGAGGACAUUCGACCCCCUGAAACAGAUACAUGUAUGGAUCCUGUAAAGGCAGAAUCGGAAUCAAUUGAAGCUGAAGAGCCAGAAAGUAUAAAAGAAAUUAAUUAACUUCCUAAAGUCAGCUGAAUCAAGUUGUACUUUCCAUGGAAUCUACAGCUAAAAAUGAUGUAAAGGUCUCUUACUAAGAUAUUAGUAGUAUACCAAAUUUAUUUUGUAAAGAUGCAAAAAAAAUAGCCAGUCUGUUUCAUUGAUUUACAAAUUAGAACAAAGACAAAACAGUUUUAAACAUAAUGAAAACACAGACAGGGU